AUGGACCGUGGAAUCGAGGAUGCCAUGGAGGAGUUGACCGUCCAACAGGUCAUACUCAGCUCUCUGGAAGACCAGACAUGGGACGGUAUCGAGGAGGAGCGGAACCAAGUCCUUCAGGAUAUUGAACGCCUGAAGCGUCUUAUCAAGAAGCUGAGUCAAAAGGCACAGGCACCUACCGACGAUAAAACUGAUGUUGGCCGCUCUGCAUCACAAAAGCGAUCUCCGUCGGGCUCAUCAAACAAACUUCCACGCCCUCAACCCAUAACUCCAGUUGCGACAGGCGGGCGUUCGAUGAAGAUGGAUUCUUCCCCCAGUUAUCACAACAUCUGGGAUAGCCCAUCAUCAAUAUCUUUACCAAGUAGAAAAAGGGACAUUCGAGCGACCGAUGGUUUUACAGUCGAUAGGCAGAAUAAGUCUAGACGUACAACUCCUAUUCCCGGAGGCAACCGUUCCUCUACCCCUUCGAGGCAAGCCGUGGAAUAUAACGACACCGAACCUAUUGAUAUUAUUGAUCUCACUGGUGACGAUGUCGACUUCGAUUCCACCAUGGUCGCCGAACAAAUCCGGCAGCAGCAGCGGCAAGAACGAGAGAACCGAGACCGGCAAAUGGCGAUGCAACUUGCUAGCCAAACUCCCGUGGUACCGUCAUCGUCCUCGGACAUGGCUUCCGAUGAGAUGGACGCUUUUUCGAGGAUCAUGGCCACGGAGCGAGCGAACACAGGAGGGCCAACAGGAUGGAACUGGCAGUCUUUGCCGACAUCUAGUACUCAAACGCCAACACCACCUACAGAUAUGAAGGGAGCCUCAAUGCCGGGGUCGUAUGAUCUAAGCUGGGACAACCCAAGCCCAUGGGAUAGAUCUCCUAUUCCAACUCCAGCUCCGUUACCUAGUAACGGAUUCCAAGUUGCGGGCAUAAACUCACCUAGUGGAAAUCGCCAGAGCCCUUCGGGGCCCAAUACUCAGCUAAAUUCCCCUUAUUCUACCAUGAGAAACCAGCUUUCGAACCCGGCUAUUAGGAACGCCUUUCAGCCUCUCUCAUCGUCGAGAGUUCCGUUCAAUGGGGUUCCAUGGCUACCGGGAAAUAAUGGCUCUAGUAUUGGAAAUAUCAUCGAACAAACUAGCACUUUUGAUUUCACAAACGGGCUUGAUUCAUAUGGCAAUCCACUGCCUAGUCGUCUGACAAAUGUACUCUCAGACGAUGCUCAUGAGUCGCCUGUGACGGGAAAGGAGUUGGAAGACUUAUUGGCCAACAUUCGUCCUGAUAUAGAUAUUCCAGAGCAUAAUCGCGGGGUUGGUCCGCCUGGGCUUAAGUACCCCCUUUACCGCCACCAAGAAGUUGCUCUUACUUGGAUGAAACAAAUGGAAGAAGGCACCAAUAAGGGCGGUAUCUUGGCCGACGACAUGGGACUAGGCAAGACAAUUUCCACCCUAUCACUCAUGCUUUCUAACCGAUCCACAUCUCGCCCAAAGACAAACUUAAUUAUCGGCCCUCUUUCGUUGAUUCGACAAUGGGAAGAGGAAUUGCAAAAGAAGACCAAGCUCGCGCAUAGAUUUACGGUGUAUGUGUAUCACGGCAAAAAAACGACGACCGAUGAGCUCCUGAAGUAUGACGUUGUGCUCACAACCUAUGGCACUUUGGCACAAGAACUCAAGCGCCGUGAGAAAUUCAUUGAAGAAAACAAAGACAGGAAUAUCAACUUUAAUGAUAAAUCUUGUAUGGCCAAGUUCCCGCUGCUACACCCAGAGAAAGCUGUCUUUCAUCGCAUCAUCUUGGACGAGGCGCAAUGCAUCAAAAACAGGAAUACCCAAACAGCAAAAGCUUGUCACAGCUUAAGGGCGACCUAUAGGUGGUGUUUGACUGGCACCCCAAUGAUGAAUGGCAUUCUUGAGCUCUAUUCCCUAUUAAAAUUCCUGCGUAUAAAGCCGUAUAAUACAUGGGAGAACUUCCGUCAGAGAGGCGACCCUAAGAGCAUUGCCAUGAACAAGCUUCGAGCACUGCUCAAAGCAAUAAUGCUUCGCCGAAAGAAGGACUCCCAGUUAGACGGGAAGCCAAUCUUGCAACUUCCUCCGAAGACGGAGCACAUUGUAUAUGCGGAGCUAUCCGUGGACGAGCGAGACUUUUACAAACAACUUGAGGAAAAGGCCCAAGUGGUUUUCAGCAAGUACCUUCGAGAGGGGAGUGUUGGAAAGAAUUAUUCCAGCAUUCUCGUGUUGCUCCUUCGACUGCGGCAAGCAUGCUGUCAUCCUCAUCUCAACUUGGACGUCGAUGACGCAGUCAAUCCCGUCAGCAGUGCUGAUGUGGAGGAACUUGUCAAGAAACUGGAUGCAUCUAUCGUAGAGAGAAUCAAGGGUGUCGAAGCAUUCGAAUGCCCGAUAUGUUAUGAUGCAGUACAAUCGCCGUCAUUUUUCAUACCAUGCGGCCAUGACAGUUGCAACGAUUGUCUAUCUCGCAUCGUAGACAAUGCCAUCUCACAGAACCUCCACGAAGGCAACGAGAGUGACAAGGCUAAGUGCCCUAAAGUCCACAUGCCGGACACUCUGGAAUCGUCAACGAAAAUCGAACCAGAGUACGAUGACACUAGCGAGGACGACGAAGACGGCUCGGAAGACGGGUAUGCGUCAGAUGAGAUUGAUAGCAAAGGGAACCUUAAAGGAUUUAUCGUCUAUGACGACGAAGAGCUUGCCGACAUUGACAACCUAACAAAGGAGGUCUCCGCCCGCGACACGAAAGCGCGAAAACGGACCAAGAAGGCUAAUAAUAAAGGCAAAGGGAAGGCAAAAAGCAAAGAGAAGAAGCCAGACGUCAAGCCAUCCAUGCUCAAGAGCCUUCGUCUAGAGGCAGCCAAGAACCACAGAGCACAUAAGCGAUAUAUGGCAUACCUACGCAAGACAUGGAUGCCAGCAGCCAAAGUCACCGAAUGCAUGAAGCUGCUCCGAGAAAUCCGAGAAACCGGCGAAAAAACCAUCAUCUUUUCCCAGUGGACGUUGCUCCUAGAUCUCCUAGAAGUGGCCAUGUGGCACGAGCAAUUCCCAGAAAAGCCCAUUCGGUACGACGGCAGCAUGUCCGGGGACGAACGCAGUACUGCAGCUAAACACUUCAGAGACCGGCCCGAGUACAAUGUCAUGCUCGUGUCCCUCCGCGCCGGCAACGCAGGCCUAAACCUCACGGCCGCGAGUCGCGUCAUCAUCAUGGAUCCCUUCUGGAACCCGUACAUUGAAAUGCAAGCCAUUGACCGGACCUACCGCAUAGGACAGCAGAAGGAAGUAGAGGUGUAUCGGAUCCUGACGCAGGAAACGGUAGAAGACCGCAUCGUGGCGCUCCAGAACAAGAAGAAGGAGAUUGUGGAGGCGGCGCUCGACGAGACGGAGAGCAUGAAGAUUGGUCGUUUGGGCGUUAGUGAGCUUAAGUUCUUGUUUAAUGCGCGCUGA